AUGGCAUUGGAUUUUAAAAGUCAUUAUAAUAUGAACGCACUAAAAGUUUGUGUUAAAUUUACAAAUACGACAAGUGUUAUAAUUGUACAGCUGAAACAAUCAUCAUUAUUAUCUUCACCUUCUAAAACUGACGUAAACCAAUAUGUUUAUAAACAAGUUAAAUUACCGUCAAUAACAAACGUGAAGCAGAUACAAGCUCAAUUAUAUCAUUCAAAUAUGUUAAAAUUUGAAGUACCACUAUAUUCAUAA